AACCGCCAAAGUGUUUAACAAUUAAAAUAAAUCGUGUAAACAACAACCGCGGCAACAAUAACAACAGCAACAAUGGGCAAAUGCAAUUCGACGCGUCAAGUGAAUUAAGCGAUUUUUAAAGCUUUACGCUAAAUGAAAUUUGAAUUGCCAAAGUGUUCACUUGUGUGUGCAAAUUAAAUUACGCAAAUCAAAUAAAUGUUUUAACGAAAUAAAAACAAUAAAGCCAAAAGAAAAAAGAGAAAAAAUCAAAUAAAAAUGCUGUUCGAAAAGUACCAACUAUAUACAGUGUAAAUAAUUCAACGAAUAACAUUUAGCACCGGGCAUAGAUAAAAUUAAACAGAGAAGAAAGCAAACAAACGGAACAACGAAAAUAAUAAAAUGUUUAUUUUAACGGUAAUUAAAUUGCUGCUGAUAGCAUUGAAUAUAUUUCCCAGUCGCUUCACAAAUCGACGGAUUAUGUUCCUCAUCUACAUGACAAAUCUGGUGACGCAUGUCAUGAUGGAUGAGCCACGCUUCGCCCAGCCGAUACCAAACGUCACCGUCGCCGUGGGUCGAGAUGCCAAUCUGCCCUGCGUUGUGGAGCAUUUGGGUGGCUAUAAGGUGGCUUGGAUUCACAUAGACAGGCAAAUGAUACUGACCAUCCACCGACAUGUGAUAUCAAGGAUUCCGCGAUACAGCAUCACCUACACGGACAACACGUGGCUGCUGCACGUGAAUCAGGCUCAUCAGGACGAUCGAGGCUACUAUAUGUGCCAGGUCAACACGAAUCCGAUGAUUAGCCAAGUGGGCUAUCUACAGGUGGUCGUGCCUCCAAACAUUUUGGACAUCGAGAGUACGCCGUCGUCGGUGGCGGUGCGUGAAAAUCAAAAUAUCAACAUGACAUGUCGGGCCGAUGGCUUCCCGGCCCCGAAAAUCAUUUGGCGGCGUGAGGAUGGUGAGGAAAUUGCCGUCGAAAAGAAGAAGAAAGUUCUCGUGUACGACGGCGAUGUCCUGCCGCUGACCAAAGUGAGCCGGAAUGAAAUGGGCGCCUAUCUGUGCAUCGCCACCAAUGGAGUACCGCCCUCGGUGUCCAAGCGGAUCAUUCUCGAUGUGGAGUUCUCGCCCAUGAUUUGGGUGCCGAAUCAACUUGUUGGCGCUCCAUCCGGCACAGAUGUAACCAUCGAUUGCCACACGGAGGCGCAUCCCAAAGCCAUCAUCUAUUGGGUAUACAACUCGGUGAUGGUAUUGCCGAGCAAGAAAUACAAAACCGACUACACGGAGAAUUCGUAUCGUGCCCACAUGAAGCUGACGAUAAGAAACCUACAGUAUGGGGACUUUGGCAACUAUCGAUGCAUCUCGAAGAACUCGCUGGGGGAAACGGAAGGCUCCAUACGUGUUUACGAAAUACCUUUGCCAUCCACACCAUCCAAGCAGGUCACCCACACCACCGUCGAGUCCAGGGAGAACAAUAUCAUACCCUCGUCACGCAACGACACAACGAAAUCCCUGCAAACGGAUGUGGGAUAUGCCAUGAAGAACGAUUUAUAUCCUGGUUCGGCCUCAUCAUCGUCAUCGUUGGGGGCCGGUUCCUCGGCGGCCUCGUCCUCGACCUCGAUGCAGACCUCCGCCCUGCCAGGCGGUGCGGUGGGCAAUAGUCUAUCGUCGGUGGGUUCCAAGGGAUCCCUGGCGAUAGGGAAGAGCACGUUCUACACGGAACGACCUCCAAAUGAGUACGCCUCGUCAGUGGCUGGCCUGCUGCUUCAUAGAGCCCUGCUCUUUGGCUCUGGAAUCUAUCUGACCCUGCUUUGAAAUCAAUAAAUCGUUUGAGUUACUCAAUAAGCAUUUC